GUUUCUAGUUCAUUUUCAUUCAUGUUAAAGUCGUCACACCGUCCACAACACUUCCAGUUUUUAUUAAACAUCUUUUGCAUUUUCCUGAGCAAAAAAAAAUAACACAUAAAACAAAAUCAAAAUGUUGGAAGAAAAGCGAGUAUAUCACUCCGGAAUCCUGUUUAGGUACUGGCUGGUCUAUGAGCUGAUAUUCAUGGCCGUUGCUGAGCAGCAGAAGAAACAGGAGGGCAAGCUACAGCGAUGGAUGCUGCAUGAGCUGCUGAAGCGGAUAUUGCCUCAGGACGAAGAGCAGCAGCCUCAGGAGGAGCCAAAGGAGAAGCCUCAGGAGGAGCCUCAAGAGAAAGACGAAAAGCAGCCUCAAGACAAGUCUCAGCAGAAGUCGCAGGAGAAGCCAGGGAAGAAGGCGCAGGAGCAGCCUCAGGAGAAAGACGAAGAGCAGCCUAAGCAAAUGCCAGAGGAGGAGCCACAGAAGGAGCCUCAGGAGCAGCCUGACGGAGAAGACAAUGAGCAGCCACAGGAGCAGCUGCACGAGGAGCAAGGAGCUCCACUAUUGACUACUCUUCGCAAUAAAUUGAUACCAGCGGCAAUGGGACUCACAGCUCUCUGUGUCAUUAAGGCAAUAAUCCACUAAAAUUCCAGAGAUAUUUGACAGAAAUAUCCAUGCACGACUUUCAAUAAAUAAAAUUCUCAGUCAGA